CCCAAUUGUUAAAUAUCUCACUCCCGGCCAAAAAUCACGCCGCCUCCCUCUGCACGAGACUUGGGCCCACUCGACAGUUGCUGGACGUUCGAGCCGACUCGCCGUCGUGCCCCCCAUCCCUCCCAAUUCCCACGUCAAAACCGCCUCGCCCGACGCCACGCGAGCGCAGAUCUCCUCGCAUCCCACCCGUCGCUCCCGCUUCCACUCCCGUCUGCUCCGGUGGGGCGAUAGCGCGCCGUGCCGCGCGCUCCGACUGAUCGAUGGGGCACAGCUCGAGGAAGAAGAAGAAGCGGGGCGCGGCCGGGCGCAAGGCGACCAAGGACCACGCCGCGCAGCUCGAGGGCGACCAGACUGCCCUCGACGAAGAGCUCACCGCCCUGACUUCAAUUUUCCGGGAGGACUUCAAAGUAACAUCGGAAUCACCUCAGACCCGAUUUAGCAUAUGCAUCAGGCCUUAUUCUGACAGCACGGGCUUUGAAGAUCUAAAUGUUUCAGCUAUUCUUGAUGUAAUAUGCUUUCCUGGUUACCCCCACAAAUGUCCGAAGUUGCGGAUCAUACCUGAACAAAAUUUGUCUAAAGAAGAUGCUGAUCGACUACUUUCCCUUCUUGUUGAUCAGGCAAACAUUUAUUCUCGAGAAGGGCGCGUUAUGAUUUUCGAUUUGUUUGAGGCUGCCCAAGAGUUUGUGUCAGAAAUCGCUCCAGCUCAUGUUUCAGUGAGAACUGUUCCUCGCUUGGGUUUGAACACAAUACAUCAAACUACUGAUGAAGAUGUGAAACUCAACCUUGACAGUGAUCCUUACCCUGGAAUCUCUUACAUAUAUAACUCGUUUGAUCUGUAUAGUCAGUUAUACGAUGAUAGUAGUUGGAGUGGACCAGGAUCAGAUCUGGCAACUGAUAAUGGCAGGAAAAAUACUGGAUCUCAGGUUAAACCUAAUGUUAGAAGUAAGAGGAAAACAAUCGUUGAAAAAUCCCAUGCUUCAGCUGAUAAGGUUAAUAUUGCAAAAGGCUCAUCUGAGGAUAAAGCUGAACAGCAAAAUGUCACAAAGCAUGGUUUCAUAAGGGAGACAGCUCCAAAUUUACAUGUUGUGGCAGAGGAAACUGAAACUGAAACUGAUAGCAAAAUUUUGUCUGUUAGCAAUGCGGGAAAUACAUCAGAUACUCCAGAGAGGAGUUUUAGCAGUCUACAUGAACCUGAGGAAUCUGACCUUGCAGAUGAAGCAUGGAAUGAAGAAGAUUGCAAUUCAGACUUUGGGUCUUCAAAUGCACCAUCUUAUGUUUCAGAUUUGUUAGAUGAUGCUUUGCGGAAUAAGAAAAAGGAUUUGAUUCUGGUGCACCUGCUUCGUAUGGCCUGUGCGUCGAAGGAUUCUCUUUCAGCUGCUUUGCCAGCAAUAUCAUCGGAGCUAUACAACAUAGGAGUUCUUUCUGAAUGGGCUAACGAUUUAAUUUCUGAGUCUCCAUCUGUUUUUGGGGAAACUUUUGGUCAUGUUUUUGGGCAACAAAUGACCUCUUCAAAGUGCUCUCUAUUUUGGAGAGCUGAUAAUUCAUCAUCUAGGCCAAAUUCCCGCUAUUUGAACGAUUUUGAGGAGCUUCAUUCAAUUGGUCAGGGGGGCUUUGGUCGUGUUGCAUUGUGCAAAAACAAGCUAGAUGGACGCCAAUAUGCUGUAAAAAAGAUACGCCUGAAGGAUAGAAGUCCUCAAGUGAAUGAAAAGAUUCUAAGAGAGGUAGCCACACUUUCACGUUUGCAACAUCAACAUGUUGUCCGUUAUUACCAGGCAUGGGUUGAAACUGAAUACGGCCAUCAUCAUGUUUUGAAUGCUGGUGGGUCGCGCACUGCUGAGAGCUCUAUCUUUAGUUAUGACGACAUAAGCCUAUCGGAUGCAGGUGGUGGAAAUAAGCAGGAAUCCACAUACUUGUACAUCCAAAUGGAGUAUUGUCCUAGGACCCUGCGACAUGAUUUUGAGACAUACAGUUCAUCUUUUGAUGUUGACCACGCAUGGCACCUAUUUCGACAAAUUGUGGAAGGCCUAGCUCAUGUCCAUAGUCAAGGAAUCAUACACAGAGACCUGACACCCAGCAACAUCUUUUUUGAUGUUCGCAAUGAUAUUAAGAUUGGGGAUUUUGGUCUUGCCAAAUUUCUGAAGCUGGAGCAACUAGAUCUUGACCAAUAUCUUCCUACUGAGGCAAUAGGUGUUUCAAUGGAUGGAACUGGCCAAGUUGGUACAUAUUUUUAUACCGCACCUGAGGUAGAGCAGAAAUGGCCACAGAUAAAUGAAAAGGUUGACAUGUACAGUUUGGGAGUUAUAUUCUUUGAGCUUUGGCAUCCAUUUGCCACGGCGAUGGAAAGGCAUCUUGUUCUUUCUGAUCUUAAACAGAAGGGGGAUCCUCCAAUGUCAUGGGCAGCACAAUUUCCUGGUCAGUCAAACAUGUUAAGACGCUUACUGUCUCCAAGCCCAUCUGACCGCCCAUCUGCUGUCGAGGUUUUGCAAAAUGAAUUGCCUCCUCGGAUGGAAGACGAGUGGCUAAAUGAUGUACUUAGAAUGAUACAGACACCAGAAGACACGUAUGUUUAUGACCGGGUUAUAUCUACAGUAUUUAACGAGGACAGGUUGAUUGCCAAAAUGCAAUGCCAACAUGAAAGCAGCAAAAAGUUCACCGGUAACAAUGAUAAUAGUGAACUUCUGGAUACCAUCAUUGAGGUUGCCAAGGAGGUUUUCAAGCGACAUUGUGCUAAAAGGUUCCAGAUAUCACCCUUGCAUACUCUGGAAGGGAAUUUUACCAAAAAUAGGAGAAAGACGGUGAAAAUCUUGACUCAAGGAGGAGAGAUGCUAGAACUUUGCUAUGAGCUGCGGACACCAUUUGUUGUGUCAAUUGCUGCUAAUCAGACAUCAUCAUUUAAGCGUUAUGAAAUAUCAUGGGUUCAUAGAAGAGCUGUUGGCCAUUCAACUCCUUAUCGUUUUCUUCAGGGUGAUUUUGACAUUAUUGGCGGUGCUUCACCAAUACCAGAGGCUGAAAUCGUUAAGGUGACUUUGGACCUUGGGACCCGUUUUUAUGAUUCCAAGGCACUAGUUGUACGUCUGAAUCACAGCAAACUUGCUGAAGCAGUUUGUUCCUGGGCUGGAGUUUCUCAGGAACGAAGACAGAAUGUUGCUGAGUUUCUAUCUUCAACUCUUGUUCAAUAUUGGCCAAAUAAGGCUGAUCGCAAGUCACAAUGGAGUCUAAUUAGGGGGCAACUAUUACAGGAUCUUCGUCUUUCUGAAGAAGUUGUUGAAAAGCUACAUAAAGCAGAUCAGCGCUUUUGUGGCCCUGCAGAUCAAGUACUCGCUAGAUUAAGGGGGACCCUGUUCCAUGAUAAAUCUGCUUGCAAGGCUCUUGAUGAUCUAUCUGCGUUUCUGAAAUGUUUGAGAGUAUGGUCAGUUCAAGAACACAUUACUAUUGAUGUACUUAUGCCUCCUUCAGAAUGUUACUAUACAGAUCUGUUUUUUCAGGUCUACUCAAAAGAAGGUAAUCAGGGAUCUAGUUCCCAUGAAAAGUUGCUGGCAGUUGGUGGACGAUAUGAUUGUUUGGUGGAACAAGCUUGGGAUAAGGCAUAUAAAUCCAAACCCCCAGGUGCUGUUGGUGUGAGCAUCGCACUCGAGAAAUUCCUUCCUAAUAAUCCUUCAUCUGACCUGGGGUUGCCGAGGUUACUGUCCAGGAUCGAACCUAGCAUCAGUGUACUUGUCUGUUCAAGGGGCGGUGGUGGUCUAUUAAAUGAGCGCAUGGAGCUUGUUGCAGAGCUUUGGAAAGCUAACAUAAAGGCUCAGUUCGUUCCUCAGGAAGACCCAAGUCUUCAAGAACAAUAUGAAUAUGCCAGUGAUCAUGACAUCAAAUGCCUUGUAUUUAUCACUGAAGCAGGUCUCUCACAAACAGAUCUUGUGAAGGUUCGACAUCUUGAUGCUAAAAGGGAGAAGGAAGUUAAAAGAGAGGAACUUGUAAAGUUCCUAUCUGAUGCAAUAUGUUUACAAUUCAAAAAUCCUACGAUCUGGAGUUGAUCAGCAGACCUGUCAUUUUAUGUCCAGGUUUGCCCUAGCAAAGGAUCAAGUGAAAGCACUUCUUUCUCUUCAAACAUGUGAAUGCACACCAAAACCAUGCAUGAUGGCUUGCGCGCAAAAAUAGCGAGGUUGUUGGGGAGCUAUCUGCAGUCUUGGCUACCCUGUGGCCUCAAUUCAAGAUGGCGUGGUGAUUGGUGGAUUGGUGUAAUCCUGGUUGUCCUCCUGAGCACCAAUGCUAUGCGAGGUUGCUUCAAAUACAAGAUGGCGGGUAGUUGGUGCAAUUCUGCAGUUUUGGGGUUACAUAGACGUGGACAGUUGCUCCUGCUAAGGUGCACAGUUUUCCUGUUGGUAGCAGAACUGCUAUGCAACAGAUCCUGCUAGUUUUGCUGCCUUUUCUUGUGUGCGCGUUCUUAUUUUCUACAGGUCUAUCUUGUACAUAGUUGGGUUUGGUGUAGUCCGUCAUGUACAGGAAAAUUUUACAUUCUUGAGGUUGUUCGCUCGAUUUGCAACUGGCUGAGCUGGGAGAAAACAAAGGCGUGUAGUUUUGCGACAUCAUAUUGUGGUAAGAAAGUACAAUUUGCCAUGUCGGCUGUGGGCCACUUGUUCCCAUUGUAAGGCAUCACGAGUGCUUGGAUUGUGCGUGUGCAUCUCCAGGAACUGCACUUCUCCGUGAUGUGAUAGACUGUAGCAACUCAGCAUUAAGAGGCUGGUGUGAUGCUGUUUCAACUUUCAUCCCUAUUCACUUCAGUUCGAGCA